UAUUUUUUUGAACGCAAAACGUUCGCUAUACAAGCGCUGUAAAAAUUUUGAAACUUUAAAAAAAAAUUGUUUUACACCAUAAACGAGUUUUACAACUUUCAAAACCUUAAAAAAUAAUAACCUAAGUCGCCAUUUUGUAAUAAUUUUAAUCUGAACUUUAAAACGUAAUUUUACUCAUUCGCGUUUUGAAUAUUUCAAUGAGUUGACAUUUACAUACUACGUAUAUCGAGAUGACUGAAAGAGUAACUGUAACUGUAAAAGAAGGUAAAGUAUGCGGUUCGAAGAAAACAAGUACCUACUCUGGUGCCGAAUAUUACUCAUUUCUCGGAAUACCUUAUGGACAAUCAACUGGUGGUCUCGCCCGAUUCAAAGACCCUGUGAAAGUAAAACCUUGGAACAAUGUUCUCAAUGCAACAGUUGAAAAAUUAGGCUGCACUCAUUUCUCCACCAUACAUAGAAAAAUUACUGGUACAGAGGACUGUUUGUAUAAUAACAUCCAUACUCCCAAGUUACCAUCAAAAGGAGAACCUCUAAAGACGGUUAUCGUGAACAUCCAUCCAGGAGCAUUUUUUCACGGCUCACCAGAUCCUAGUUAUUAUGGAUCUCCUGAUUACAUCAUGAACCGCGAUGUCGUAUUCGUCUGCGUAGGGUAUAGAUUGCACAUAUUGGGCGAUUUAAACUUGAAUAUAAGAGGUUGUACCGGGAAUCAAGCUUUAAAAGAUGUUAUACUCAGUUUGAAAUGGAUCAAAGAAAACAUCCAUGUUUUCGGAGGCGAUCCUGAAAACAUAACUUUAAUGGGAAGCAGUAGCGGAUCAGCAAUUGUGCACAUGUUGCUACUGUCACCUUUAGCCGAUGGCUUAUUUCAUAAAGCGGUGUUAAUGGGUAUGUAUAUAUUCAGUCCAGUUCUCGCUUUGCGAGAAGAGAACGCCUCGGUUGCAUACGAAAUAGCCUGUCAACUGGGUUACAAGGAGACAUUCGAUGAUAAAAAGAAGCUUUUGAAGUUUUUCAAAACCGUGAAUAUGGAGAUGUUAUUGAUGCUAAGACCUGAAGUUCACUUUAGUCAAGAACCUCAGGUAUUCCCAUGUUCGCCAUUUAUGCCUACGCCUGAUUUUCACAAUGGAGAAACUGCAAUCUUCCCGAAGCCUUCCCCUCAACUGAUCCCUUCGACAAAACGUGUACCAUUGAUGGUUGGAUUUUGCGAAAGAGAGGGUGCAAUGGUACUUCCAGCAAUUCAACGAUUACAAGGCACAUCUUUAUCUGAAUAUUUUCGAAAAUGUAUUCGACUGAAUCCAGUCGGAUGGGGAGUUAAUCUAAACGACGAUGAGUUGACAGUCAUUCAAAAAGAAGUAGAGUCUUUCUAUUUGGAUGGCUCGUCUAUAGAAAAAGCAUCGCCAUUGACCAAAUGUGAUAUUUUAACCGAUGCUGCUUUAUCUGAUGUUUAUGAUUCACUUAUAAAUGUUGUAUCAGCUGAUCUUCCAUCAUCUGUGUUCGUUUAUAAUUUUGCUUACGAUGGGAAACUCUGUAUAAUGAAACAUAACUUCGAACCUUUACUACAAGACCCGUUGAAGGGAACUUUUCAUGGCGCUGAUUACGCUCAUUGGGUUAACGGUUUACAGCAUCUUAAAAAAGAUGAAAGUUUCUUAACACAAAAGGAUCGUGAUACAAUAGACAGAAUGACGAGUUUGAUUACUACCUUUGCCAAAAAUGGAGAUCCUAAUUACGAAGGAAUACCGGAGCAGUGGAGCUCUUCAACUCCCGAGCAGCCGUCUUAUUUGAAAAUAAGUGAAACGCUGGAAUCUAAAGAUGAUUUCUUAAACGGUGAACGAAUGAAAUUUUGGCAUAAUUUGAAAAAACAGUUCAAUAAAAAUAGCUAAAUUGUAUUUUUAAUCUAUACCUGAAUAAUGUGUACUUAGUUAGGUUAAUUAGAAUUAAAUGUAUAAUAUCUACAUACUGAUUACAUUAUCUAAGUUACCUAUUUCGUAAUAUUUUUAAAUAGAGUUGAAUUCUGAUUUUAAAAAGUAAAUAUAAAUAAAGAAGAAGCUAUGUUGAUCGAGA